AUCCUUCAGGUACUGAUGCUACAGAUAGUGAUUUGGAUUCCAAGUCAGCUCAUAAUCUACUGUCCCAAGGCGCAGCUUGCAACGUUCAGUUUCUGGGAACAGUGGAGAUGGAAUCGUUAACGGGCCCUAGUGCAGUAGGUGAAGCUACUACAAGGAUCAUGAAUUCUAAGGAGAAACCUAAGAGGGUGGUUGUACACUUCAAGGUGUCGCUGAAGGGAGUCACAAUCACAGAUAACCAGAGGAAGUUAUUUUUCCGUAGGCAUUACCCCGUGGAGUCAGUAUUAUACUGUGGAAUGGACUCUGGAUCAAGGAAGUGGAAGAGGAAAGACGGAUCAGAUCAAAAUGAAGCAAAAAUAUUUGGUUUUGUUGCCCGUAAACCAGGCUCUAAGACAGACAACCAGUGUCAUGUCUUUGCAGAGUAUGAGAUUGAGCAGCCUGCUUCGGCCAUCGUCAGCUUUGUCACCAAAGUACUUCUGGGUUCCUUCCAGAAUCAGGCCAAGACGCCUUGAUGUCAUCGCUGCCGUUUGAGAAGAGCUAUAGUCUCUUUAAUAUGCCAUGCUGCAUUGUGUAGGAGCACUAUAGAUUGACAGCUACUGAUGGCAAAUAUCAAGGCCCAAAAAGUUCGCUACGUUCUGAAAAAAAGUGUUCAAUUUUUAUACACUGGAAACCUUGACAGAGAGCUGACCUUUUGUAUGGCACUUUUCAAAGAACAGAAUGCCUUGUAAAGAGGAAAAGUCAAAUGAAUUUAUUCAAGUGAUGAUUUGUACUGAAUCUUCAACUUGUUGGAGUUGUCAGUGGUUAUGCUUUCUCUUAUUAGCAACCAGUAAUGGAGCAUGCUAAUAGAUUAACGCAAGUUUACAAUUUAAAGAAUCAUUUUAAAUCUCAAGUAUGGAUCGGUCCAUUGUAAUGAAACGGGUAGCAUAUUAGGAAUGAGCUGUGUAUAUAAAAAAAAUAACCUUUUUUCUUUGAUGAGUUUGUUGAAAGUUAAUAAUUGCCAAAUAUGUAAAUAAUUCAAGUAUCUGACUAACGUACUUAUCAUUUGUAAUCUUCGGAUGAAUCUAGAGUUCAAUGACAAAUGUUUUUAGAGUUAAAACUCACAGAAUUUAUAUUUAACACCAAACUCAAUGUGUUCAGAAACUUGUAUUCAAUUCUACUAAAUCUCAAUUUACAGAUAGUUUGUUUUGAAAAAUACUACUCACUUUUUAAAUGUAUUAAAAAAAACCAAUAAACAAAUAUAUACUUAUGUGGAACGACAAAAUAAUUUGGAAGAGGACAUUUUUCUCUUAAACUUUUUAACAAAAUUAUAUUUUAUUGUAGUGCCAAUAUUGUUUGUUUGACUUGACCGUUAUUUGAAGGAUCUGGAAGGAUAAUACAUGUUUUAUUAUGUUUACUGAUAAAUGCAAUAUUUUAAGGCAUGAUUUGUUGUUGUAGUUCAACCAAAGGGAUGCAGUUCAGCCCCAAGUUUUUAAAACCAUUUCUCUUAAAGCGCUUCCUGAUUAUUUGUUACCCAAUGUUUUUCAUGUAAGUCAAGCAAAUCUAGUUUUGUGUUCUCUGUCAAGCAUAAAUAUAAACAAAUAUUAAAAAUAGAAAAAUGCCAAUGAAAACUAAAAAAACUAUUAUCAUUAGACCCUAUUGUAUCCCAUCCUUUCCCGAAACUCCCUUGUGAUGAGCAAAAACUGUACAUGUAUAAUAGUUUUAACUUGCUAGAAACUCAGCAUGUGUAUAAGAUUUGGAGAGUUUAAUAGAGAUAUUAAUAUUUAUUGCAAUUUAGCACUACUGUGUUCAUUUGACGUUUUGAACAGUUACUAAUCUUGUUGUAUUAUGGAUGUAAUGGAGUUCCUUUGUAAAAGAUUAUUUAUCUCCUUUAUGCCCUGACGAACUGAGCUGUCUCAUUUAGACAAAUUACAUUUACAACCUAAAAGAUUGUUUUGGUUUUGAGGCCAUAUGGUUGCAGAUGUUGUUAUUGGCCUCCUAUGCUUUAAAGUAUGCUCAAAUGGCAAUCAAACCAACCAAUCUUUCAACAUAAACAUUUAGUAGAUUAAAACAAAAAUAAUUAUGUCUUUCGGAGGAGAAUAUUUUACAAAUUAUUUUUAAUCGUUUUAUAGUUUGAUCAUGGAGGUAGAAAUGGAUCACAAUUUAUGUUUUGGUCCAAAGUACUGUUUUGUUGAAAUUUCUGAACAAAACAAACCUAAACAAAUACACUGUUAACAAAUUGAGUGAACUUCAAUUGCAGCAAAGUUAAAUCAUGCAUAAUUUCUGUGUAAAAUCAAGAACUGUAAGGACAACAUUGAGCUGUUUACAUAUUAUACAUGCAAGAUGUCCCGGAUUGGAGAUGUAUACAUAUUAUACAUGCAAGAUGUCCAGGAUUGGUGACUCUUAAAACAAAUGUCAUGUCACAGGACACAUAUCAAUUUUAAGUUAUUUUAUUUAUUUUUUUCUUAACAUAAAUCACCAUGGUUUUCUUGCAAAGAAUGGGUCUUGCAUUCUUUUUAUUCAUAUUUUAUUCAAGCAAUUUGAGCUAAUUUGAAUCAGUAUGUUUUCAAGUAGAUUUUGUUAUUCUGAACUCUACCAUAAAAUGUUUUGUAGAAGGACUUUUUAGAGUAACGAUUAGGUGAAGUUAUAUUAAUGAGCUCUGUACAGACAUUAUUUUGUAUUUUAUUGUAAAUACUGAGCAUUGCCCGAUUCUGCAAUUUCUAGAAAUGAUUUUGUAUAUCAUUGUUUGUUUAGUACUAAUCAACAGCCACAUGUAUGAACAUUUUCUUGUUGUUUUCCUCUUUACUAUGAGUGGUGUUUGUAGUUGCAAACUCUCAGUUCAACAUAAUGGGUUUUGUUCACACACAGUUUCAUUAAACUGAUCGUACAAAUCAGUGUCCAACUUCAAGGGAAGAUAGUUCAAUUCUUGUAACUAAAACCUCAUUAUGGAUUAUACAAUGACUGCUUUAGUGUAGAACUGAGGCUAACUUUAUUUGGGCAGAAGUAUAAAUUCAGUCCGAAACUAAUGAAGUAGUUUAACCUGGUUAAAGGUAUUCACUUUUUCUUGGAUGUAGCCACUGCCAAAGUAUUUCAGACAAGGCCUUCGUACACUCUUAAAACUGAAGUUUGAAGUCAAGACUUUGGAGAAUUCUUUAACUUUGGAAGGUGAUAAAUCAACUGAGAUUUAAUUAAAUUUUUACUGUGAAAUAAACCUUUUAUUUGAGUCACAUUGGGAUGUAUUAAGGAGUUUCACUGACCAAAGUUUUGAGUAAACACUUGAGUUUUAGUGUACAUAAGAAGUGCUUAUUGUAAGGGUAGGCAUUACAAAACCUGCAUGUAUAGCUCAUUAUAAUAUUAUAAUGAUAGAUGUUUUUUAUGCAAAUGAAAUGCCUAACAACCAAUAGGAGUAGUGAUGUUAAUGUAUUCAGUAAUAUGCAAAUUCUAAUGAUGUUAACAGUGAUACAACUAACGUAUUACAAACCAAUGCUGAGCCCAAUGUACUACUAUCAUGUUGCAUUUGUCGUUUUGAAAUAAACACUUUAAAUUCUAUCUACA